AUGGCGUUCAGCAAACUACCGCCACCGAACGACUGCUCGCGGUUUAGAUCGCUGGCCAAGCCGCCCUGGCUAGCGCUCAAGACGCAGGGUCCUGAAGUUGUGAGCAAGAACAACGACGACAACGACGACAACGACAACGACAACAUCAACGUCAAGGACAGCAAGAUGUUAGAAGACGACGACGUUGAUGAGGUAGGCCAUACAGCUAUGUGA